AUGGUUCAACGCGAUGUGGCCGGGCAGUCCCAACUCUCAGAACGAGAAUCUCUUUUGCGCGAAACAGCGCAAGAGGGCUCUGGCUACCACGCCUGUCGCAGCACUUCUGAAGAAGACGGCGGCAAUGAAGUCCUCGAGCCAGUUCCUGAGGUCGACGAGGAGCGGAGUCUAGGACGCGGGGAGACCGAGUCGUUGAAGGAAGGUGCUCAUAUGAACGUGGUCAAGAUCAUAUCUGUCAUGCUGCUAGGCAUCUUCGUCGCACAGACAGAUGGGUCCAUUCUCAUGGCGACACAUACAAUCAUUGCAUCCGAGUUCAACGCCUUGAAGGACUCUAGCUGGCUCAUCAUCAGCUUCUCUCUGGCUGGGGCGGCCACGCAGACUCUGUACGGCAAGCUAAGCGACAUCUAUGGGCGCAAGAGGAUGGUGAUCAUUGCAUAUACCAUGUUUAUGGUCGGCUGUGCCAUCGUCGGUGUUGGCCAGUCUAUGUGGCAGGUUGUCUUGGGUCGAAUUGUGUCUGGCGCUGGAGCCUCUGGCAUGUCUGCACUCGUGUCCGUUUUCAUCACAGAUCUGCUCCCACUCAGAGAAGUUGCCCAGUGGAGGGCAUACGUCAAUCUCGUAGCUACCCUUGGCCGAAGCAUGGGGGGACCUCUUGGAGGUUGGCUGGCAGAUGUCGUCGGAUGGCGCUGGUCGUUCCUCGGCCAAGUGCCACCCAUCACCCUCGCCAUCAUUCUCUGCUCAGCAUAUCUACCCAACCACGCCAGCACGCUAGACGAGACAGAUGUCAGCGCCACUCAGCAGUUGAAGAUGAGCAAGUUCAGCCGUAUCGACUUCAAGGGCGCAUUCCUCUUCGCCACCCUCGUGCUGACCCUGCUUCUUCCCAUCGAGCUCGGCGGCGUCAACAUCCCCUGGACCCACCCGCUCAUCUUCGUCUUGCUCGGUGCCAGCGCCGUCCUUCUCGCCUUGUUCAUCGCCGUGGAAAAGCGACAGGCCGAACCAAUCCUUCCGCUGGAGAUCUUCCACAGCAAGGAUGCCAUCCUCUCGUUCUUGAUUCUAGGAUUCCAGACGGCCGCCCAACUGGGGAUGAUGUUCGCUGUCCCUCUCUACUUCCAAGUGACGUCCACGCCACGACCCUCGGCCACCGUCGCAGGCGCGCACCUCGUCCCCGCUGUCGUGGGCAACGCUGUCGGCGGCAUGAUUUCCGGUUCCGUCAUCAAGCGAUCGGGGCGGUACAAGUCCCUCGUCAUCUGGGCCGUGACCUGCUCCUCCAUCGGCUAUCUCCUCCUGAUGCUGAGAUGGCAUGGCAACACCAACUGGCUCGAGAGCCUGUACAUCUUUCCCGGAGGCUUCGGCAUGGGGGUUGCGAACAGCGCGCUAUUCAUCUCGCUUCAGGUGGUCAUCGACCCGGCGCACAUGGCGCCUGCUGUGUCGUUUAUGUAUCUGAUGCAAACGGUGUGGGCGACGAUUGGGCUGCCAGCUGCGAACGCGAUUAUGCAGACGGUGCUUCGAAGGAACCUUGGGAUUAGGCUGUUUGAGCUGGGAUAUGAUAGCACUGAGGUUGCCGAGAUCAUAUCGAACGCUGUUUCUGACGUUGACUUUAUUGACGGCGCAAUUGAGAAGGUCAGGAAUGCUGUUGUCCAGUCGUAUAUAGACGGCCUGUGGUGGAGCCAUGGGUUCUCGUUUUCUUGCUCGGUCACUGCACUUGUGCUGGCUGUCUUCCUCAAGCAGAGAAGGCUGGAUGGACACAAGUCUAAACCUUGA